AUGCCUUCCUAUGCGGUUCUGGGGGCUACGGGUAAUACUGGACGGGCGAUCGUCCAGGUACUACUUGAUCGAGCAGACACCGACACCAGAAUUCACAUCUGCGCCUACUGUCGCUCCAAGGAAAAGCUCUUCCGUGUCUGUCCGGCGGCCGAGACUUCGAAAAGCCUUUCAGUCUUUCAAGGACGGCUGGAUGAUGAUAGCCUCAUCGAUGAAUGUCUCAGGGGCACCGAUGCCGUGUUUCUGGUAGUCGCCAUUGUCGACAACAUGCCUGGCUGUACGGUGGCCAUGCAGACUGCCGAGGCGGUUGUAGCGUCUUUGCAACGGCUUCGCGCUACAGACCCUGCAAUACGUCUUCCGCGACUAGUGAUUCUUUCGUCGGCCUCCCUGGAGCCCACGUUCUGCAACGAUGUUCCCGCCCCGGUGCACUGGGUCCUCAAAACUGCCGUCUCCCAUCUUUACCGCGACCUCGCCGCUGCCGAAGCAUACCUCCGCGCCCAAUCCGACUGGCUCUCGGCGACCUUUGUCAAGCCCGGGGGGCUUGUACACGACCAGGCCCGCGGUCACAAGGUCUGUCUCGACCGGGCUCAAACCCCGCUCUCAUUUCUCGACUUGGCUGCGGGCAUGGUCGAGGUGGCCGACGCGGAUGAUGGCCGAUACCAUAUGCGCAGUGUGAGUGUGGUGCCGGCGUCAAGGGUUGCAAUAUUUCCAUGGGACGGCGUUUACUAUACGUUUACGGGCUUGCUGUUUCAUUUUUGCCCGUGGACUUACCGGUUUCUUGGUGAAUAUAAGUUGCAGUCGAGAAAGGAGAGGGACAAGCAAGCUUAGGCAGACUCCAUAUUUCACCGUUCUCCGUACUUAUUACUUCCCAUUUUCGGAGCAUCCAUACAUUUAUCGCUGGUGUUGGUUGUUGACUGCACGUUUAUCAAUAAUAUGGACGCCAUCUUCAAGCAAAUCAAAGAUGAGUACGCCCGUGCCGACGAGCAUGGCAAGCGAGAGAUUCAAGGCUAUAUCCGCGAGUUGCAGGUUGGCUUCUAUUCGGAUUGGGAUGUGGUGAUGCGGUUGAGCAGUGGUCCCUUGCAAGUUGCACUUGCCAAAAUCGCCAUCG